CACGCCUUUCUGUGUGCAGCCACCAGCACUUCAGUAGCUGUAGGACGUGCAGCAAAACUCAACUCAAAAAGGGGCAAAACCGCAAGAGAAAAGGCGGACCUAGAUAUAGAACCAGGCCCCCUCCCCACCGUCAGCCGCCCAACUACCCACCCCACCGCACCCAGCAGCAGAGGGGGCGGCGAGAAAAUCCCACUCACUUAACUUGGAAGAAGAGAAGAGAAGGGAGUGAGAUACUAGAUUUAGCGCAAGAACCAGAACCCAGAGCAACACGCGGGGGGAAUGGGCGACCUGGCACUCUCCCGCGGCUGACCACGCACCCCCGCCCGGGUAAAUCUCCAAGCCCCCAACUCCUUUCCAGACUCGAUCGAUACCUGUCAGUCCACCCGCCGGCUGAGGAGGCAGUAGAGUAGGAGGAGGACUAUUUGCCGCCGACCGAUUUGUAAGGAAGUCGUCGAAUACGGCGGCGGGCGGCGGCGAGCAGCAGCAGCCACGGCGCCAGGAAUGAAGGGCGGCGGCGGCGGCGGUAAGGAGACCGCCACCGGCUCCUUCCUCCGCUUCCUCCUCCUGCUCCUCCUCCCCAUCACCGCCCUCUACUUCUUCUACACGCUCCACCUCCUCCUCGCCUCCGCCGCUUCCUCUUCCGCGUCCUCGUCUUCCUCCUCCUGCACGCCCGAUUCCCUCGCCAUCUCCCGCCGUACCUUCACCAACCGCACCGCGUCGGAGAAUGACAAGGCCGCCCCCGCCGCCGCGGCCGCGGCGUCCAUGGCGCCCACGACGCUGCAGCACGUGGUGUUCGGCAUCGCGGCGUCGUCGCGGUUCUGGGACAAGCGCAAGGAGUACAUCAAGGUGUGGUGGCGGCCCCGCGGCGCCAUGCGGGGCUACGUGUGGCUGGACCGCGAGGUGCGAGAGUCCAACAUGUCCACGGCGCGGACGGGGCUCCCGGCCAUCAAGAUCUCCUCGGACACCUCCGCCUUCCCCUACACGCACCGCCGGGGCCACCGCUCCGCCAUCCGCAUCUCCCGCAUCGUCUCCGAGACGUUCCGCCUCGGCCUGCCCGGGGUCCGGUGGUUCGUCAUGGGCGACGACGACACCGUCUUCUUCCCCGAGAACCUCCUCACCGUGCUCAACAAGUUCGACCACCGCCAGCCCUACUACAUCGGCUCCCUCUCCGAGAGCCACCUGCAGAACAUCUACUUCUCCUACGGGAUGGCGUACGGCGGCGGCGGGUUCGCCAUCAGCAGGCCGCUGGCCGAGGCGCUCGCGCGGAUCCAGGACGGCUGCAUCCGCCGCUACCCGGCGCUCUACGGCAGCGACGACCGGAUCCAGGCGUGCAUGGCGGAGCUCGGCGUGCCGCUCACCAAGCACCCGGGCUUCCACCAGUACGACGUCUACGGCGACCUCCUGGGCCUCCUCGCCGCGCACCCGGUCGCGCCCAUCGUGACGCUGCACCACCUCGACGUCGUGCAGCCGCUGUUCCCCAGGGCGGCGUCGCGCCCGGCGGCCGUGCGGAGGCUCUUCAACGGGCCCGUGAGGCUGGACCAGUCGGGGAUAAUGCAGCAGUCCAUCUGCUACGACGGCGCCAACCGCUGGACGGUGUCGGUGGCGUGGGGGUUCGCCGUGCUGGUGUCCAGGGGCGUCACCUCGCCGCGGGAGAUGGAGAUGCCGGCGCGGACGUUCCUCAACUGGUACCGGCGCGCCGACUACACGGCCUACGCGUUCAACACGAGGCCCCUGGCGCGCACCCCGUGCCACAAGCCCGCCGUGUACUACAUGUCGUCGGCGGCACGGAGCGCGGCGGGCGCGGGCGGCGGGGAGACCACGGUGACGCGCUACGAGCGGUGGCGCCCCGCGAACGAGACGCGGCCCGCGUGCCGUUGGAAUAUCACCGACCCGGACGCGCAUCUCGAUCACAUUGUCGUGCUAAAGAAGCCCGACCCAGGGAUUUGGGACCGGUCACCCAGAAGAAAUUGCUGUAGGGUGCUGACGUCGCCCAAGGAGGGUAAGAAGACGAUGACCAUCGACGUGGGUGUAUGCAGGGAAGGCGAGUUCAGCCAAGUAGUCUAGGCAGAGGAAAAUAGGACUAUUCAAUUUUUUUUCCCUCCACUUGUAUUAUUCUUCUUGGAAGAUAACAAACGAGCCUCGUUGGUCAUCUCCGGCCGUGCUGUUUUGCGCCUCACGAGUCACAUAGGUAGAAGAAGAACUCGAAGUUUUGGCC